GAACAAGUCUAGGUAGUUCCACCAAAAGGGCAUCGCGUGCUCACGUGGAACUCGCGACGCCAUAUCAGCGUCUUCUUCGCUGAGAUAUCUGCCAGGUCCUAGUACUUACCUAGCUGGCUCGACAGCGAGUAUCAAGCCCGAAGUGGGAUCGAAGGCAUCAACGAUGGUGGCACCAACUCCUCCAACGCUCGACCCCAAAGAGCUCAAUAAAUUCUACAUCAAUGGCCAAUAUGUGAGCCCUGUCUCGAAAGAGACGUACAUUCUGCGAAAUCCCAAGGACGACACCAUCGUCGCCGAUGCUGUUCCAGUGGGGGGACCCGAAGAUGUCGAUGCCGCGGUCGCAGCGGCCGAAGCAGCAUUUACAGGACCGUGGAGCACAUUUACAGCAGCUCAGCGCUCAGAAUGCCUGCGACGUCUGGCAGAUAUUCUGGAAGACAAGAUGAUGGAUAUCCUGACUUUGGACUCCCUCACGACCGGAAAUCCGGUAUCAUUGAUCCCUUCACGGGAGAAGAAUUAUAUCAAAUCCAAUUUGCUUUACUACUCUGGCUGGACCGACAAGCAGAAAGGAGAUUAUUAUCCGGCCGAUGAUGGCUUUGUCAAGCUUGUUCGUCAUGAGCCGUUGGGCGUGUGUGUCGGCAUCAAUCCUUACAACUCGCCAGUGGCCUCGUUCGUCAUCAAAGCAGCGCCGUGUUUGGCGACGGGUAAUGUGUUGAUAAUCAAACCGUCAGAAAAGAGCCCCCUUGGAUCGUUAGCACUUGCUCCCUUGUUCGAACAGGCUGGGUUCCCCAGAGGAGUCGUACAGGUCGUUUGUGGCGAUGGCCGGACAGGGGCGCUCUUUGCUAAGCAUAUGCGUGUCAGAAAGAUCAGUUUCACCGGCAGUGUUGCCACUGGUAAGAAGAUCCAGAUCGCCGCAGCUGAAAGCAAUCUGAAGAGGGUCACACUUGAACUUGGGGGCAAAAGCCCAGCGGUGAUCUUCGAGGACGCAAAUAUUGAAAAUGCACUGACCUGGACGAUCAAUGGUAUCCUGGCUCGUUCAGGGCAAGUCUGUGUGGCAGCGUCUCGGGUCUAUGUACAAGAAUCUAUCGCCGACCAGUUUAUCGAGGCCUACACGCAAAGAAUGAAGGAUGCAGCUUUACGACUGGGUGAUCCGCAGGACCCUGAGACGACGCUCGGUCCACUCGCAGAUGCAGCCAGCUUUGCAAGAGUCCAAGCCAUGGUUGAAAAGGGCAAGACUGAAGCACAGCUGGUUGUCGGUGGCGUGCAACAUGGCCCUAGCGGCUGCUUUAUCGAGCCGGCCGUGUUUAUUAACCCGCAACCAAAUGCGGAGAUCUACAAGAACGAGGUCUUUGGCCCGGUUGCAGUCGUCAAGACAUUCCAGACCGAGGAAGAAGUCCUGGAACUAGCCAACGACACCGAGUUUGGGCUCAUGGCUGGCGUUUUUACGAGGGACAUCAAUCGCGCCUUGAGAGUGUCGAGCAAGAUCGAUACCGGUGUCUGUGGCAUCAACUGCAUUUCUUACAUGAAUAUUCAGGCUCCAUUUGGCGGCAAAAAGGCUUCUGGCAUUGGGCGAGAGUUUGGCGAAUAUGCACUUCGAUCGUUCACAGAGCCAAAGACGGUUUUGAUCAAGUAA